CGGAGUUUGUGCCAUGUGAUAGGGCGCUCCCUGCAAAACCUGUGCGCCGGGUGAAGGGUACGGUGAGCUGCAGCCCUCGGGCGGGUGAGGGGGCCUUCUGACCGGUGGUGAGUCCCGGGAGGAGGGAGGAUGCUGCGCGCGGCUGCCUGCACUUCUCUGCUGCUGCUGCUCAGGGCGGUGGUGGGUCUGCCCUGGUUCCAGGCCACCGGUGCCGCGCUGGUCUUCUACCUCGGAUCGGGAGGAUGGGCGUUUCUGAAGGUUUUUUACAAGACCGUGGGCCGGGACGUGCGGGGAGCGAUAACCCUUUUCAGGGUGAAAUUGCAAGUGAAACGGCACCUAAGAGAAAAGAACACAAUCCCUCACAUCUUCAGGGAGUGCGUGAAGAGGCACCCAAACAAAACGGCGCUCAUCUUCGAGGGGACGGGCGCGACAUGGACCUUCAAGGAGUUGGAUGAAUUCUCCAAUGCCGUGGCCAACUUCCUUCAUGCUGAAGGGUUCCGCUGCGGCGAUGUCAUAGCCCUGUUUAUGGAGAAUUGUAAUGAAUACGUAGGUCUUUGGCUAGGCAUGGCUAAAAUCGGAGUGGAGGCAGCUCUUAUCAACUUUAACUUACGGUUGGAUGCCCUGGAACACUGCUUCAGCGUGUCCAAUUCCAAGGCUGUCAUAUUUGGAAGAGAGAUGUCCCAAGCUAUGUGCGAUGUUUCCUCCAUCAUGGAGAAAUCGGCUCGACUAUACUGUUUAGGCGAAUGCGACCGGGCAACUAUUCCUCCUGGGACCGAAUUCAUUGACUCUCUGCUCCAGAGCGCAUCCCGCCACCCACCGAAGGACCCAGGGAGGGGAUUUACAGAUAAAUUAUUUUAUAUCUACACAUCCGGUACAACUGGGCUUCCAAAAGCUGCUAUUGUGGUUCACAGUAGGUAUUUCAGGAUGGCGGCACUGGUGUAUUAUGGCUUCAGAAUGCGGCCGGACGACGUUGUGUAUGACUGUCUGCCGCUUUAUCACUCUGCAGGUAACAUUGUGGGCAUGGGCCAGUGUAUUCUGCACGGAUUGACCGUAGUUAUAAAGAGGAAGUUUUCUGCCUCUCGUUUCUGGGAUGACUGCGUGAAAUACAACUGUACGAUAGUCCAGUAUAUUGGGGAGAUCUGCCGGUAUCUCCUGAACCAGCCAGUGCGAGAUACAGAAUCCAAACACCGUGUGCGCAUGGCGCUUGGGAACGGACUGCGUCCUGCUAUCUGGACGGAGUUUACCACGCGCUUCCACGUCCCGCAGAUUGCAGAAUUCUACGGAGCCACUGAGUGUAAUUGUAGCUUGGGCAACUUUGACAAUAAUGUAGGAUCCUGCGGGUUCAACAGCAGAAUCCUUCCCUUUGUGUAUCCAAUCCGGCUGAUGAAGGUGAACGAAGAAACAAUGGAGCUGAUCCGUAACCCAGACGGCCUUUGUAUCCCUUGCAAGCCAGGGGAGCCGGGACAGCUGGUUGGACGUAUCAUACAGUCGGAUCCCCUGCGCAGGUUUGAUGGUUACGUCAAUGAAUCCGCAACAAGCAAAAAGAUCGCAAAUAACGUCUUCAAGCCUGGAGACACUGCAUAUCUCAGUGGAGACGUGUUGGUGAUGGAUGAGCUGGGAUACAUGUAUUUCCGGGACCGCACAGGAGAUACGUUCCGGUGGAAAGGCGAGAACGUCUCAACCACGGAAGUUGAAGGAAUAUUAAGUCGGCUCCUUGGACAAGCGGAUGUGGUGGUCUACGGCGUGGAAGUCCCAGGAACGGAAGGGAGAGCUGGAAUGGCCUCCAUUGCUGACCCCAAUCAUUCAAGCGACCUCGACAGAUUUGUCCGAGACCUGAAGAAGGCUCUGCCUGGGUACGCACACCCCGUGUUCCUACGACUGCUGCCAGAGGUGAACAAAACAGGAACCUUCAAAUUUCAAAAGACGGAUGUGAAAAAGGAAAGUUUUAAUCCUCAUCUGGUCAAGGACCCCUUAUACGUCUUGGACGCUCAGCAAGGGAAGUACAUCCCAUUGGAUGAAGAAUUGUAUAACCGGAUCCAAUCAGGGAAGUUUAAGCUUUAGCGUUGUCCCCCAUUGGUCGGAUUCGGGUCACACAAGUUAAACGGUUGCAAUGCAGUAAACACCUUGGGGGGCCGCAGAGCCGUCCCAGCGUCUUCAUCGGUUGACAACAUUCACAUACCAAAGUAUUACCGUACUAAGAAGAGAGGUUUGCCAGGGAACCGGGGUCCGUACCCUACUGAUAAAAGGGACUACUUUUUCUUUUUAUUUAUUUUAUAGUCCAAGGGGGGGAAAAAAUAGAAGAAAAAAAUACAAUCAGCUGUACAAAACUAACUUUAAUGUUCUGCAUCUCAAAACACUCCAUCUCUACAGUUUACUUCUAGAGAAAAACAUUCCUGUGAAAAGCAAGAAGAAGGGAAAAUGCGCAAUUUCGGUUUGCUUAGAAAAUACGGAGGACGAUAUGGAGGGCGUAGCAUGUGUUUUUUGUUUUUUUCCCCUCAGGUUCGGGUUUGGUUAUGUUCAGUAACUGAUAAUCCUUUUAUUUUAGUUUCCCAAGUCCCAGGCAUUGCAGAUUGCGGCGAUAUCUUUUGGACUUUUUUUUUUUUACAUUCCAAAAUAUAACUUUUAAGUAUGUGUUUUAAAAAACUAAAUUACG